AUGCUUACAACCUGUUCAUCUAAUUUAACGGGCGGAACGUGUACUUGUUAUGGAACUCUUUGUCCAAGUGAUACUAAUUUACCUAGUAAUCCUUCUAGUAAUCCUAGCGUUACCAUUAAACUUAAUAGUCCUAGCACUAGUAUUAAAUCUAAUAGUCCUAGUACCAGCAUUUAUAAUAUUGCUAGCCCUAAUAGCAUUUCUAGUAUUCCUAGCCCUAAAAGCAUUUCUAAUAUCCCUAGCCCUAUUUCAACUCCCAAUGGCUCUCCUCCUAAUAGUUCUAAUAAUCUUUCUAAUAAUUUUCCUGCCGCUGGUGUU